GUUCACCAUGUAAACAAACAGACACAGGCAGCCAUUAUUCUAACGUAGAGGCAGAGGUAUAUCUCGCACGGAGAGUUUGACAAAGAGUUGGACAAGACAAGACUUUGCCAGUUCCGACAGUAAAAAUGAAAGACCCAAGUCGUAUCAACAACACUUCAAACAUCAUCAACAACAACGAGGUCAUCCUAACUAACCAGUUCAACAAUGAGGACAAUCCCUUCGCUGAAUAUAUGUGGAUGGAAAACGAAGAGGAAUUUAAUAGACAGGUUGAAGAGGAGCUUUGGGAGGAGGAGUUCAUUGAGCGGUGUUUCCAGGAGAUGUUAGAGGAGGAGGAACAUGAAUGGUUCAUACCAGCCAGAGACCUCCCCCAGGCCAUCAGCCAACUGCAAGACCAGCUCAACUUACUGGGCCUUGGGGACGAGUGUCUGCUGGAUGACCUUGUGAUCAACAGCAGUUUGAACCCCAAUGCUGCAGAGUUUGUACCUGGGAUCAAGCACUGAGACAGUCUCUCCUGAUUGAUGAUGGAAGCACUAGUCUGCACUGUGAAGCCAGUGGAAGAAGAUAUGUUGUUUGAGUUCUGUCACUAUGUUGCACUUCUUGUGUUGCCAAAGUUAUCAACUAGCCUCGCAUGUGUAAAGUUAAAACAAUGUUACGUAAAUAUAUGUAAAGCAUAUGCAUAUGUGGUAACUGUUUUUGAAUGUAAUAUCAGGGCAAGAGGAUUUUUUGUUUACUUUUACUUCUCACUGGAAUAUUGUGAUUUCAAUUAGUUACGAUUUUAUACAAGGACAUGGCUUUUCUGUCUAAUCAAAGUUAAGUUACAAGAGGCAUCUUUCAUUGUCUGAACUUAAUCUUAUUUUACAGUUUGAUAUCAUUAAGGUCAAUAAUUUUUUAAGACAUACUAUACAUCGUUCAUUUUUGCAUAUCAUUGUUUGAUUUUAGCAUAUGUCUGGUGGUUCCUGUAUUGUUACUAAAAUGUGCCUCUUAUGUUUGUGCUUGUUCUACCCUGGUGUUCAGACCCCGACAUACUUGGAGAGUACCAGCUUUUUUUUGGAGUUUAUUUCCUGUGCUCUUCUUUCUCUUAUUCUUCCUUAUCUCAGUGCCACGUAAAACUGAUUUUGUUGUCGUACAUGCACAUAACAAUAAGUACUGUAAAAAAAAUGAAAAAGUACCAAAAGUGUUGUAAAAAAAGA